AUGGCGGACAAGCAUAUUCUACUGGUAACCUACCCCGCUCAGGGCCACAUCAACCCGUCUCUCCAGCUCGCCAAACGCCUCGCCAAACGCGGCGUUAACGUCACAAUCCUCACCAGCCGCUACGCCACCGCCGCCAUCUCUCCAUCCUUCCACCCCCUAAUCGACGUCGUUUCAUUCUCCACCGCCUUCGAGUGGUCCACCCAAGACGCUUCCAGAUACAUGAAAGAGCUCUCCCACCACGGCACCAAGGCCAUCGAAGCCGCCGUCGCCGCCCGCCCCUACACUCGGAUCGUCUACAAUCUCCUCGUGCCAUGGGCAGCCCGCGCCGCCCGCCGCCUCGGCGUCCCCUUCACGCUCCUCUGGAUCCAACCGGCAGCUCUCUUCGGCGUCUAUUUUCAUUACUAUAAUAACAAAUUUGAUCCUUCUGAUGAAGUGAUCGAGCUGCCGGGGCUGCCGCGCCUCCGCCGCGGCGAACUGCCGUCUUUUUUUCAGGAUACGAGUCCGAGCACGUUCGAUUUCGCGAUUGCGCUGUUCAGUGAGAAUUUUGAGAUUUUGGACGGAGAGGAUGAGAAGCCGACGGUGGUGGUGAACACGUUCGACGCGUUGGAGGCGGAGGCUCUGAGAGAUUUGGAUAAGUACAGAUUGCUGGCGAUCGGGCCGUUGAUUCCUUCUGCUUUUUUGGACGGUUCGGAUCCAUCCGACGUCGCCUUCGGAGGUGAUUUGAUUCAGAAAAGUGAAAAUUACAUGCAAUAUUUGGAUUCUUUGGAGAGGGAAUCGGUGAUCUACGUGGCGUUCGGGAGCUAUUUGGAGCUGACGUGGCGGCAGACGGAGGCGAUAGCCGAAGCGCUGGUGAGGAUCCGGCGGCCGUUCCUGUGGGUGGUGAGAGGCUCGGAUGAGAGAGAGAAGCUGAGGUGUAAGGAGGAGCUAUUGAAGAGAGGGAGAGUGGUGAAUUGGUGCAAUCAGGUGGAGGGGGAGAUUGUGGAGGCAGAUGAGAUCGUGCGGUGUUUGGAGAUGGUGAUGGACGGCGGAGAUGAGAGUAGGAAGAUGAGGGAAAACGCUAAGAAAUGGAGGGAUUUGGCGAGGGAGGCUGUGGACGAUGGUGGAACUUCUCAAGUUAAUCUUGGCAUCUUCUUGAAUCAAAUUGUCGGCGGCCGUUAAUUAAUAACGGUUUGAUUAUCACUUAAAUAAACAACAAUAUCCAAUAUGAA